AUGGAUGUAAGUCGUCUUGUUCAUCCUGUUCUUGGCGUGUACAAGGAGAAGAUAGGAUUGAGGAAGAAGAUGGGAUCCAAUGCAGACAGGAUGGUGUAUCUCAUAGAUCAAGAGUAUGACAGGGAACACCGGGUUUUUCAUAUGACGGAGAGGAGAAGGGUUCUUCACCCCUUGAAGAUUCGUUACCAUGGCACAGUGGAUAUGGCGUAUGACGAGAGGUACACGGAGUUCAUCCAGCCUACCGGUCUUCUCCCGUUCAUAUCGCUUGUAAGCCGUGGGGGGCCGAACAUGAACGCCGCGGCACUCACCGCCCUUGUCGACCGGUGGAGGCCGGAGACGCACACCUUCCACUUGAGGGCCGGCGAGAUGACCCCUACUCUUCAAGAUGUUUCCAUGAUCCUUGGACUUCCUAUUCAGGGCGACCCACUGUGUAUGAACACAGCUUCUGAUGGGUGGCGCGGACAAAUGGAGGACCUUAUUGGCAUGGCUCCUCCGGAGCCAGCAGAUAAGAAGGAUAGAACUCCCGCCGGCGCAUCUUUCUCUUGGAUCAGGACUCACUUUGGAGAAUGCCCGGAAGGGGCCGACCGUGACACUGUCAAGACAUACACCCGAGUGUACUUGUGGUAUAUGGUUUCGAGGACUCUCUUUCCUGACAGUGGUGGGAAGCUGGCCCAUUGGUGUUGGCUCAAGGCGCUUACGGUGUUGGAGCACCCGUGGAGUUGGGGAACAGCGGCACUUGCCUACCUCUACCGGCAGUUGGACGAAGGUUGUCGCAGGACUGGGAGCGGCGGUAUUGGUGGAUGCUUGCUCCUACUUUUCGUAUGGAGCUGGGACCGCCUAUCAGUUGGGCGGCCCAGGAUACUCAACGCGAGGCCAUGGCCUCAUUACCGGAACAACCCUGAUCGGGAGCCCACUUGGGCAUACCUUUGGGACAAUGUCUCGGAGAUGACGAGCGAUCCAAUGGUCAUGUACAGGCACUACACUGAGGAGUUGGACACUCUUACCGCUGAGCAGGUGGAUUGGGAGCCAUAUGGUACCUAUUACCGUAUUGGCGCGGCGAUGACUGACCUCAACCCCAAGUGCUUGGAGGAGGCGGGUUUCUGGCGCUUGAUAGGCAGCGGCAGAGGAAGAUCACAAUUUGGCCUGUCCAUCAUAGCGGCCACGUCAGAGCGUUCCAACACUCGGUCCGAGAUCCAAAAAACAGCUACAGAGUGUGAGGUUGUUUGGGAUCAGAGCCAUAGAGAUGAAAAGCCUAUCAGACCGAUGUGGCAUUUCAUUAAGAACACUGCACGGAAGUUGCAGCGGUUAGCCAAGUUGCUAGGUUGCCGCGAAGGUGAAAUUGCGGCUACAUCCUCUUCUGAAGAGGCGGAGAUUCCUGACGACACCAUUCUAAGUCAAAGCAUUAGUCGAGGCAAGAAGCAAGCCACACGGUCUGCGUACCAGUUGAAGCCGAGGGGCAAUGCUCCACACCGUUACAUUCCGGAAGAUUAUGCGAACCGAGGAAAGAAGGCUGUGAUCGAGUCCGAUGAGGAGCCGCCGCGGAGAUCAUCUUUGAGGAGGAUGAGAAACGAUGAGCCGUCAUCUUCAGAGGAGCAGGAGGUGCAGCAGCAAGAAGAGCAGCGGCAACAGACGAAAAGGAAGGCCGUCCGGAAGCAGCCCGUGAGGAGGGGACGUCGAGGAGGAUAG